UGGGAAUGUAAUCCAUAUGUGUGCACGAGUUCAGCUGCAGGAGAAAGAAAAGAUAUUACCCGCAAAGAAGCAAUUGUUUCUGCUUUUCUUGUUUAAAUUCCACUCAUACUGGCCCCUGGACUCUGGCUUGACUUCAGCAAUUGACGCUGGGAGAGACAGAGCAAACACAUACGGUGAGGAAGGGAAAGGGAUAGAGUGUGCAAAGUACAAUUUAGUGACAGAAAACAGAGAACAAGAUGAAGCAGAGUGAGGAAUCUGUGGAAGAAGAAGCCAUGAGUCAAAAUGACCAGAAUGGAACUGCUGGACACCCAGUGAUCCAGAUCCAUCUGGAGGAGAGCACACAGCUUCAGAAAGUCCUGCUAAGCUCGGAAUCAGACAUGAAUGGGAAAGCUGGAAGCAGAGAGCCCGUGAACACCAGCAGUGACGCCAACAGCAACGCCAACAACCUCACCAUGGUUUCAGGGACGCCCGGCGAGUCCCAGCCCCAUGCUCGGCAGGCCGCUCGGACGCCCAAGAAAGCCGCCACGUUUGGGAAGCGUUCCAACUCCAUGCGCAGGAACCCGAAGGCGGAGGUGACCAAACAGGGCUGGCUUCACAAGCAGGCAAGCAGUGGUGUGAAACAGUGGAACAAGCGCUGGUUCGUUCUGACUGAUCGAUGCCUCUUUUACUAUAAAGACGAGAAAGAAGAGGGUAUCCUGGGUAGCCUCCCUCUCCUCAGCUUUCGGAUCGGACCCGUCCAGCCAGCGGACAACAUUAGUCGCAAGUACGCCUUUAAGGUCUGGUACCAAGAAGAGGAGGAGGAGGAGGAGGAGGAAGAGGGCGGAGAGUUAAAGGGCAGCAUUACGUUCUGUUUGCAGGUGGAGCACGCAGGGACACGCACAUACUACUUCAGCGCAGACAGCCUAGAGGAGCAGGAGGAGUGGAUCCACGCUAUGAGUGAAGCAGCACAGGUUCAUGUCCCACAGCCACUGAGCAGGAAUAACUCAGAGCACAUCCCCACAGAGGAACAGAACCAUAUCAUGGUAUCUAAAGCAGCUAAGUCUCAGUCACAAAUGGAGGGAGAUGAAGCGAGGUCAGAUGUCAGGGAACCUGUCAAACACGAGGUCAACGGAGUGGAGCGCGGCCAGACUCCCACACCCACCACACCGCAGGCUGCUGAGAUGGACGGCAGAGUCAGGGAGAGAGGAGGACCUAUGCCCCAUCAGCCAAAUGGAUGGGGGAAUUACGUGCCCCCUAACGGUCCAGCCUAUCCUCCCAAGGAGAGCAUGAGAGAAGUCAGGGAGCAGACAGAGCCUCAGGAGAAUGUGGUGAUGCGCAGAGGGUUUGUGCCCCGUACAGCUCCAGAGAGGCUGGCCCAAAGAAAGAGCUCCAUGACUCAGCUGCAGCAGUGGGUCAACCAACGCAGGGGCAUGGCCGCUCAGGAUGACCUGAACAGUCCGUCCCGCUACUACACUGUAAACCGGGGUGUAUCGUCGGAUUACUAUGGAGUGUAUGGUGGAGUUUCAUAUGUGGAGGAAUAUCCCCUCUACCCUCCAGGAGUGCGACCUGACAGCAUUUGCUCUAUGUCGGCCGCGUUCGACCGCGUACCCCACCGCUGGACCGCGGAAGAAAAGCGGCGUUCCUUGCGGGACGGGCCUCUGUACGGUCAUCCACGCGACCCUCAGUGGAUGAUGGGACCGCCCGGGCCCCACCCAGCCUACUAUUCCCAGUUAGACUCUGCUCAGAGCUCCAUGAGACGGCUGUCCAUGCAGCCGCGCUCACGCUCCGUCCCUCGCUCGCCCUCCUCUUCCUCGGGAGGGCCUUACUCACCUGGACCACACAAUUUUGCCUCACCCGCCCGAUCUCCCAGCGCUCGCUUUGACAGGGCUCCCAGUCGAUUCAGAGAGGACGUGAUCUACACUGACCCGUCCAUGUACGGCCUGCGCAGGUCCCUCAGCUCCCCAAAGUAUGAUUAUCCUGGAGAACGGCGCUCCCUGAGUCAAGGAGUGUACCACUACAACUACCCAGCGUCCCCCUCUCUACACAACAAAAUGGAGGACAUUUUAGACCUGCAGCUGCAGAGAAAUCUGGAUUACCUGGAUCAGCAGGUGCCUCCAUUUCAUGACAUUUACAGAGACCUGCAUCCCACUCUGAAGCUCAAUGAAGUUGAGACCAGUAAACUGCUGGAUCGGUUAUGUGAGCAGAAUAGACUUCUAAAGGAGCAGGAAGCUGUAGUCCAUCGUCUGAGGAUGGACAAGGAUAGCCUGGAGGGGGCACUGGUGGCCACUCAUCAGGAGAUUGAAAUGUACAAGAAUCAACCUCUGGCUAUAGAGAAGCUUCAGCUGAAAAAGGAGAGCUUGCAGAACCAGUUGAUUAACAUUCGUGGAGAGCUCUCUCAGGCAUCUAGUGCUCUCACAACCACUAGGAUGGAGUUUGAGGCACUAGAGGAUGAGGUCAAUGCCAUUCACGGUGACCUGUGGGAGCAGCUGAAUGCUGGUGGUCAGAGUGAAUUGGUACACAGGCACAUUCAGAAGGAGUUCUGGAGAGUUCAGGAUGUCUUGGAAGGACUGCACAAGAAUAAUCCAUCGCGAGGCACAGACACAGCCAAACACAGAGUUGCCAGUGGAGCAUCUGGUUCAUUUAGCACAAACAGUCCAGCCAGCCCUUUGAGCUCUGUUAGUCUUACCAGCCCUCUCAGCCCCUUCUCUCCAGUGCCUGGUUCUCAGGCCUCCCCUACCAAGCAGCUGGCCACAGAGCACAAAUUUGGCUACCGGACUGACUCUUCACCAGGGGAAAAGACCAAUGACCUGCAGGACUCUGAACAAGAUAGACAAACCAACUUAAACAAAGUGGGAAUUGUUCCCCCUAGAACCAAGUCUCCUAUGGAGGACAAGAACAACUCUCAUGAUCCUGUCCAGCGCAGGAAUGGGAAAGUACCUAAUGGUCACAUAUCAAGGGAGAGGCCCAAGAGUGCAGUGUUCACAGCAGAAGUAAAGACCAAGAUGAGUGUAGAAGAGCAGAAUGAGAGAAUACGAAGAAACCUAAGCAAUUCAGUCAGGGACAAAAGACGCAGUCUGAACCUCUCCAGUAACCAGCACAUCGACGGCUUCAAGCCCACGACCAACUACAGAGUGGUGCGUCGGAGAAUGACAGCACAUGAAGUAGACAUUAAAGACCUAGAGGCGGCUGUGCGAGGGGAAGGCGUGGAGUCGCCAAGGGAGGAGAUCGCUCGAUUGCGACGGUUGCAGCUGGAGCCUGAUCAUUAUGACCUGGAUAUCAACAAAGAACUGUCAACACCAGAUAAAGUCUUAAUCCCUGAGCGCUACGUGGACAUUGAGCCCAACACACCACUGAGCCCUGAGGAGGCACGGGAGAAGCAGAAGAAAGUAGAGAGGAUCAAAACGCUGAUUGCCAAAUCAAAUUUGCAGAACGUGGUGCCAGCGCUGGACGGGCCAGCCGAGGGCCACAACAACCCCGAGCAGCAGCUGCAAGAGCAGGAGAAGCGCAUCGAGAUUUCCUGCGCUCUGGCCGCUGAGGCUUCCCGCCGCAGUCGCCUGCUGUCCGCCCAGUGCGCUCCCAGUCCCCCUACCUCCCCGACCAGUCUGGCCCUUCCCCUUUCCGCCGAAUUCUCUGACUCCUCCCACAUCAUGAAGGUGUGAGUCUGUGAAGCUCAAGCCCUGGCUGCUGUUAAAUUUGAUGGAGCUCCAUUCUGAGGAUUCACUGGAUCAAAUACAGAACAAACAAACAAAAAAAACCUACCCUAUAUCAGAAAAUUUUGUUUCUGUGGUCUCCCCAAACAUUGUAUUUAUUUCAAUCACCUACAUAGCCGCAGGAGUGGAAAUAUUACAAAAUGUUUGGAAAAAUGUUCAUAUGGGGAUGUGAUAAUUCAGAAGGUUUCAGAGAAGUUGAACUGAAAGGCUGUUUUGACACCAGGGUUCACAGUUAUCACAACCCCUAGCGUGUCCUUCUGUAACACACUGCACUUAAAUACUACCGGGUGACGGCGGAGACAUAUUAAAGCUACAGAACUAGCCAGAGUGUUGGACAUGUUUACAGUGUCAUUCCUACUCAAAGUCAUACUACAAUGACUAGGUAUAGCAGCUCAGGUUGUCAUAAGCAAGACACAUGUAUGUCAAUUACAGAGCCCACAGACUGAGAAGAGAACAGAAUGUGCUCAAGGAUCGAGUAACCAACCUGGAGAGUCUUGAUGGAAAGAGAAGGAAAGCCCCUGUGGGUCAAGAGCUAGAUUUCCACAUAACAUAAAGCAUUACGCCAAUAACGAAGUGGAAAUUCUCUGUGUGGUUUGGAGUUGUCGGGAGAGGGACUGUAGAAUCACGACGUGAUUACUGCUCAGCAUUCAAAUCCAUGAUUCGAGGCCUAAUUCACCACGAAGCAGGCAAGGAGAGAACGGACGCCCCUUUGGCGCAACCCAAAAACGCGGAGGCAUCUUACCACUUCGGAUUUUAGUGGGUCAUUCGUGGUGACAGAGGACCACAGCACUUGCAUGGGCCUUAGCACUUGCAUGGGCACUUAUUCUUCACUCUCUGCUCCUUGCCACUAAAGGAGUACAUGCCACUUAUAGGCCAGACUCACUGUGACUCCUUCCAUGCUCACCUCCCCCGUUCUCCUUGUCUCUCUCAGUAUAGGGCUUGCCAGAAACUGUGUAUCUCCCCUCUUAACAAUCUGGUAUCUCCAGUCUCUGUCAGCACUGCUGUGUCAUUAACCAUAAUUGGGUCUAUGAUUACAGUAUAUAUAGGACGUACAGUGCAUAUAUAUUGUUAAAAAAGUUUUAUGUAUCUUUGCAUCAAAGCCAUGUGGACUCCUCAUAGUUCUUUCACUGCUAGGACCUUAGUUACCAUAAUGGUACCUUUAUGUGUGUGUGUAUGUCUGGAUUAAAAUCUGUAAUUGUUUAUCAAGGCAAUGAAAAGAAGUGAGGGAAAAAGAAGUGACCUUAGAAUUGUAAGUCAUUUAGUUGAUAUUCACAUGUACUUAAACAGGGACAGCAACUUGCAUUAGAAUCUGUAAAUAUAGCCAUUAUUGUAUGUAUCUGAGAGCCCCCUGUGAAUAUACCCAGAAAGGAGUGUCACUGUGCCAUUUGGAUUUAAUUUGGCCAUGAUUUUGUGUGUGGACAAACAUUUGAUAUGUAAAUAUGGAUCAUGCUUGACAUGCAAUUAAAUGAAACAAUAUUUUCAAGUAUUUUUCUAUUGAUGUUUGAAAACUUUUCGUAUGUAAUCAGCCAGUAUGAUUAUAUAAUUCUGAGUCCAGAUUCAAGUAUAAUACAAAUUACUACAAUUUGCCAAUCCAAACUAUUUUGGGCUUAAUCUGAGGAUCCAUGGCAUAGUGCCAGACUAAUAUAGCUCUGGGUCUGUGUAGCCAGUGAAGAGACAUUGCCCCAGUUCCCUUAAACUUCACAUGCCAUGCAAGUUGUUGGCCCAUCUUGUAAUUUUUGGUUGUCUAUUUUAAAUAAGGAAAAUCAAAAACCAGAUUGUUCUUACACCACAUUAGUUUAUCUAGCUUUAAACUGUGGCCUAUGUUUGUGUGCAGUGCUUCAUUUUACAGGGAAGAGUGUGGACACAAUCCAAUCUCUCUGUCCCUCUCUCUCUUGCUUUCUCACUUUGUCUAACACACACACACACACAGAUAUAUACAUAUAGUGUUAUUCCUCUAAAGCAAGGAAUGCUGAUUGACUGACACAAACAAUGGCAUUUGAGAACAAAUGCAGAAAACCGCUUUGUAUACUGGAAGUUCAACAAUACCACAGAGCAAAAAUAGAUGUUAGGGAAAAUGUUAUAUUUUUAUUAUUUCUAAGAAAGGGGAAAAGGUCAACAAGAUGCAGUACAUAUUUUUCUAGAUGCAUGGGUACUUGAUGAAUUUAAAGAGGUUAUGAGGAUUAAAUUUGUAACACAAAAUAGAGUGUUUUGCAUUUUUCAUGAGAUUGGGAAUAGUAAUUGAGACUGACAUAUUUUUAAUUUAUUGAUCUUAAGCAUUUUUUUGAAGGCCUUGGUUUAGGAUAAUUUUUUAAUUUUUUUUUUUUUUUUUACUAAAAUCAGAAACAAUAUGUUGGGAAAUGCAAACGAGUCAAAGAAUGGGUGUCCAAUAUUUGAUGAAACAUGUAGCAUUUAAGGCUAUGUCUAAUAGAGACUAAAUUAGCACAUUGGUCUAUGUACAUAUUUUCAAUUUAAACUAUAUCUUGAUAUCAGCAUUAACUGUUGCUAUUUUCCAGGAAAUAUAUAUUUCCAGGAAGCAGACAAAAUUUGCUUGAACUAUGCAAAUUAAAAUAAAUAAAGUAAACAUGCCUGCUUUAGAAAUACCCUCAUGCAAUAAAGUGAAUGUAUUCAAAUAGA